AUGAUAUGUUUAGAGCUUGUUCGGUUUACUGGGACUGCAAUAAAAGAAUUACCUCCAUCAGUUGGACAUCUCGAAGGGCUUGACAAUUUAAGAAUACUUUGGUUGAGUGAUAGUGUAAUAAAAAAGUUACCAUCAUCCAUUGCACAGUUGAGUAUUCUAGAAUUACGUUGGUGUUACUGCAAUUUAGAUGAAGAAUCCAUUGUCAAUCUUCCUCACUCGUUGUGGAUAUUAGAUCUAAGGGGGAAUGACUUUGUUAGCCUACGGUCAAGCUUCUCUCAACUUACAGACCUUUAUCAACUUGUUUUGGCCGAUUACGCAAGGCUCCACACAUUGGAGUCACUUCCAUCAUCCAUAGGAUGUCUUGAUUUGCGUGGUUGCUCAAGCCUCCAAACAUUGACAGUUCCAGAAUUUACAACACAAGUUUUGGCACAAGGUUGCGCAUCACUAGAAGGGUAUUCCAUUGGAUGCAAUUUCAAUUUGACAGAGUGCCACACAAUAGUUGAGAAUCAUGGGAAUGGGAAUGGGAACAAAAAGCCAAAUAUAUACUAUUCACAAGGUGAAGAUUUUAUGGCAGAGAGAAGAUACGUUGGGGUCUCUUUUUUUCCAGGAUGCGAGAUUCCAAGUUGGUUCAGCCAUAUAAAAUAUGAGAGUAACGGUGUGGACAUGACUGGGGUGUGUUUGAGGAUCUGUACCAAUUCUUUACGUUUCCUCAAAGGAGCAUUGUUAUCGGAAUCAAUCAAAAUCAAAAACCCAUCAAUGACGGUGAUGAGAAUCAGAAUAUAAUUUAUAUCGGCAUCAACGGUAAAUGUAUAGUUGGAUAUCUUAUAGAUGAUUGGAUCAACAGAAUCACGUCAGAUUACAUUAUACUUUUGCAUAAACUCAAUAUGGGAUGGAUGUGCGAUUCUGAUGGGUGGUGUUACAUUAAGGUUUCAAUUAACGGAUCCUAUCGUGCUAGAGGACCAUUGAAGGUGAAAAAGUGGAGUAUUCAUCCAAUCAUGGACGCGCAAUAUUACUUGGUAUGUCAUUGGAAAAUUUUAAAAUAUAUAUUUUUUGUAAUCACUAAUUUUAUAGAGGACCGUUUAUUAACUAAAAAUUUUAAAACUUGUUAUCUAAUCCAAACACAUAUUUGAGAUUUGGUCUGUUUCCUUAGUUGUUAAUUCAUAUUCAAAUGCCUUUUUUUCCUUUCAUUUCCUUGAAUAUCGGCUUAUAAUCUUAAUUUUCUCUUACUAAUCUUAAAUUUAUUAUUACUGACAGUUAUUUUUUUUUUUUGGUAUCGUGUGAUUCUGUUGUGGGGGCUGAAAAAGUGGGUUUACAGCUUCCAACUAUACUACCCAGUCUCGGUAACAACAAAUACAAGGAUAAAGGAAAAGAUUGGAUUUUGGUUUCUGUUGACCCUUUUUUGAGGUUAACAGAUAAAAAUUAAAAAUUAAAAAUUCCCUUAUAUGCAGGAACUGGAUCUUAUUUUGAGUAAUUAUGAAAUAACUAUUUAAAAUUAUAUUCACAAACUUGUUUUUGCUACCUGUUAUCUUAUUUCUAUCCUCCUUUGAUUUUAAUGCUUAAUCCAUUUAUGCAUGAACUUGAACUUCUCUACCCAUAUGCAUGGCUUUGAAAAUGACACGUUACCAUAUCAAACUUCACAAAUUUGAACCAGAGUCUAAAGAAUAUUGUUUAUGCAUUUCACACAAGAUUCAGUUGGUUUAGUGACAUUAGAUAAUCAGAUUUCUUUGCUAUACACGAACACAUCAAUGGGCCAAGUAUAGAAAUGCUUCAUAGCUAGCUCAACAACGGCACCAUUAGCUUUCGAGGUAGGUUUCUCUAUAUAUGUGUAUGUAUAUAUAUCUUGUCUCUGUGUUUGUGUGCAUCACCCAAAUCUUUGUAACAUUGAAGAAUGUUCUUUUUCUUCCUUGCUUUGGUUUUUUCUAUUGCAGACAGACAUCCAUAGAAGUAUUGUGAAAAGUAGGAAAGCACGAAGGGCUUAUUUAACUUGGUAUAAGACUGAGAAAAAUGUAAAAAGAAUGAUGCUAGCUUUCUAUUCGGUUAAUUUUUUCAACUAUAUUCCCGUCUCUUCUACCUGUUUUUUGUUUAUAACAAUAUUACAAGUUUAUAUUAGUUGAAUUCUGUCUGAUUAAUUUAGAAACUCUACAAUGGCAUAGGAUGAAUUGUUCAUUGAAGUGAGAAUUAUUUUGUUUCAUAGAAUAUGAUUAUU